ACGGUCCUGCGACACGGUAGGCGGCAGUGUCGAUACGACAGUGGUGGUAGUAGGUCGGUGUCGGGCGACCCGACGUGAUGCGAAAGGUCAAAUUGGAGUCCCGCUGGCUGGGUCCGUAGGUAGUUGCAGGCAACGCGGUUACGUGAAACCAUGGAAGAGGUCUUUCAGAACGGCAACUAUCAGAGGGAGGCAAACGCCAACAUGACCGCCAACAUGGAGACGCGGAAAGAGGACUGCCUGCUCGACCACAUGGAGAUCUCAAUAGUGGAGGCUGAGAAGAGAGCAAAUAGGGCGCUUAAUCUAAGAGAAUUCUACACGGUAUACCUCAUUGAAACAAAAGUCACUGACCCAGAUUUUAAAAACGCGCUAACUAGAGUAAGCUCGUUAUGGCGGCGAUAUACCGAAUUUGAAUUGCUUCGCGCUUAUCUAGAGAUUUCUUAUCCCUACAUCGUGUUACCGCCGUUACCGGAAAAAAAGGUUCUCUACGCUUGGCAGAAAGUUACGACUGAUACGUUCGAUCCCGACUUCGUUGAUCGCAGAAGAGCUGGACUCGAGAAUUUUCUUGUAAGAGUUGCCUCACAUCCUAUACUUUCGCGCGAUGAACAUUUCAUGGGAUUUCUUCAGCAGAAAGACGGUUGGAGAGAAAGUGUUAAGGAAACAGGGUAUCUGCAGAUAGCAGAGUCGAAAUUGAAAGCGCUUAGCGUAGCGGUACGAUUAAGAAAACCGGAUAAACGGUUUGAAACUAUAAAAAAUUAUGGAAUUGAAUUACAGAAUAAUUUGUGUAAUCUUCUACGAGUGCGCGCACGACUCGUCGAGAAGCAACAUAGUCUGUAUAAAUUACACGCAAAUUACGGGCGUGUCUUUAGCGAAUGGAGUGCCAUAGAGAAAGGAAUGGGCGAUGAAUUGCAGAAAUCGGGGCAUUACUUGGACUCGUUAGCGGCGACAAUAGAUACCACUCUUGAAGAGGAAGAGCUUAUAGCUGAUCAAUUGAAAGAAUGGCUUUUCGGUGCGUCGGCAUUGCAGGCUGUUGUUAGACGUAGAGAAGCUUUGCAAUUAGCUAAGGAUGAGGCGCACGAGGCCUUGACUGCCACGUUUGAACAAAAAGAUAAAGUCAUGCAAGGUAAGGCUGGUUUAAUGUCACGCUUAUUCGGUUCCGUGGACACGGAGGAGGUUCGCGAAUUGAAAAUUCUUCAGCUAGAGCAGCGAAUCGCGCAGCAUGAUGAAACUGUAAAACAAGUGGACGAAGAUCUAAAGUCUUUCUCUAUUAAAGCCAUGAUGGAUAUCGAAAGGUUUCAGCAUCAAAAAGUCAUCGAUCUCAAAGAGACUUUGGCAGCUUAUUGCGUUCUACAAUUUAAACUAGCUAGGAAGGGUCUUCAAGCUUGGCAGCACAUCAAAGGUUGUCUCGAAAAUAUACCGUAAAGAAGUUCACGGCCCUUCGCAAAACAGACUGUCAAGAACAAUAAUCGUCUCCACGUUUCUCAUACGAUAUACAUUCCUGUAUCUGUAAGUUCACUCAUGCCGUACGCUUAUCACAUCGAUGUACAUGAUUGUUAUUAUUUAAAAUGUCAAACUAUAGGGAAUAUUAUAUGUAUAUGUAUGUAAUUCAUGUUGGAUAUAUAUAAAUAUGGCAGAACAUAUUAUUUAAAUAUUUAUAUGUAUUUAGUACACCGCUUAUGCGAAAGUACUUAAUUGUGUACACCACACCAAAUUACGAUAUGCAAAUCGUAACUCGACUUGUAAGAUUUGCUAUACGCAAAUAACGAUAGAUAUAAUUGUUGUGAUGUAAUUUUUAUACACUGCCUUUCCAUCGUUCGAGGGAUAGGCAUUUAAUUCCACUUCCACUAUUAAAUCAAAUUUAAUUACUUUCAGAUUCAUAUUUGUUUUCGAAUAAAUAUAAAACAUAUAUGUUACAAUAUAUAUGAUUGAAAAUCGAUGUACGCGAUAAGUUAAUUGUAUUAUUAUUUAAAUUAUUAUUUAUUGUAUAUUUCCAUCUAUAUUUUCUCUAUUUUCUAUCUCUAUUUUCAGUAUUUUUAUAUUGUAAAAAUUGUUGGCAUUUAAAAUAUUUAUAAUUAGAAAGUCUUUUUCCACUGAUUUUUCAUUGAUAAAUUUUUUAGUACAUUACAUCAGCAUAUAAGAUUUGUAGGAUCAUUAUUAAAUUCUAUUAAAUUUUAAUUGCGC